AUGCCCUCUUCAAAGUUUCGAUUUUUUCUUGUUAGAGGAAGCCCUUUCUUGACUUGUUUGAUCACUAGCAAUACAGAAAUUUCCAUUUCAACAAUACAUGCCAUUAUCUCAUUUUCUUCAAGUAAUUCUUCAAGUAAUUCACUCACCAAGUACACCGUCAAGCUUAACAACAAUCAAACAUGGCUCAUAUAUUCAUCUUCUCCCAUAAAUUUGAGUCACGGUCUUUCUUCGAUCACUUCUGAAGGGUUUUCAGGGAUUAUAAGGAUUGUUGUAUUGCCGGAUUCUGAUCCAAAAAAUGAAGCAAUUCUUGAUAGGUUCAGUUCUUGUUAUCCAGUAUCAUGUGAUGCAGCUUUCACUAAACCAUUUUGUUUAGAGUAUAAUAGUAUUGAUGGUGAACUUGUUGGUGUUGUUGGAGAUUCUUGGUUAUUGAGAACUGAUAUUGUUUCAAUAACUUGGCAUUCAAUUAAGGGUAUCAGAGAACAAUCUUAUGGUGAAAUUGUUGAUGCACUUGUUAAGGAUGUUGGGGGAUUAGAUUCAUCGGCUAUAACAACAACAUCAUCUUAUUUUUAUGGUAAAUUAAUUGCAAGAGCAGCAAGGCUGGCUUUGGUAGCCGAGGAGGUGUGUUUUCUUGAUGUGAUUCCAAAUGUAAGGAAGUUCUUGAAGGAAACAAUUGAGCCAUGGUUGGAGGGGACUUUUGGUGGGAAUGGUUUUUUACAUGAAGAUAAGUGCGGUGGGAUCGUCACUAAACAAGGGCUAACAGAUUCGGGUGCUGAUUUUGGGUUUGGAAUUUAUAAUAACCAUCACUUUCAUCUGGGGUACUUUCUGUAUGGCAUUGCUGUUCUUGCAAAAGUUGAUCCAGCAUGCGGUAGGAAGUACAGGACACAAGCUUAUUCACUUAUGGCUGAUUUUAUGAACUUGGGAAGGCGAUCAAAUUCGAAUUAUGCACGCUUGUGGUGCUUUGAUUUGUAUAAAUUGCAUUCUUGGGUUGAAGGGCUAACUGAAUUUGCUGAUGGGCGGAACCAGGAGAAUACAAGUGAACCGGUGAAUGCAUACUAUUCAGCGACUUUAAUGGGAUUAGCUUAUGGAGACACUCAUCUUGUUGCCACAGGAUCAUUGCUUGCUGCAUUAGAAAUUCACGCAGCACAAACAUGGUGGCACGUAAAAGAGGAAGAUAAGUUGUACCCAGAAGAUUUCACUAAAGAGAAUAGAGUGGUGGGUGUUCUGUGGGCUAACAAGAGGGACAGUGGGCUCUGGUUUGCACCUCCUGACUGGAAAGAGCGUAGGCUCGGCAUUCAGUUGCUGCCCUUGUUGCCUAUUAGCGAGGUUUUGUUCUCUGAUGUUGGAUUUACAAGAGAGCUAGUAAAUUGGACAUUACCAGCUUUGGCGAGAAGAGUUAGAGAAGGAUUGAAAGGAUUUAUUUAUGCCUUAGAAGGCAUUUAUGACAAAGAAAGUGCAUUAGAGAAGAUUAAGAACUUGAAUGGUCAUGAUGAUGGCAACACACUUACCAAUCUUUUGUGGUGGAUUCACAGCAGAGGUGAUGAAGAGGAAGUGGGGUGUGAAGGAGGUGGAAAAUUCUGCUGGUUUGGUCGCUAUUGUCACUGA